CCCACUGACAGAUGUUGGGAAACACUCAGUGUAAGUAUGUUGACUGGUUUUUAAGGGAAAAGAGGGCUGGACAUGAUGAUGCAAACAGAGCAUUAAAGUGAAAGUGUAGAAGGAGAGAGCGGCUCUGUUGUAACACUUCUCAUCAUGAUCGUUUUUUGUGUUCUUGUCCUUCUCUUUCCCGUGUGUGGGUCAGUGUCAUUGGCUGGAUGGGUGCAGUCACCUGGACAUCCACGAGGGUAUGACCCCCAUUCCAACCUGACUUGGAAAAAGUGUGCUCCAACCGGACACAAAAUGACACUCACUCUCAUACAUUUGGACCUAGAGGAGAGCUUUGAGUGUGAGGACGACGCCUUGAAGUUAUUUGCAGAUGAGGUGCUUCUUUUCACUCUCUGUGGACGUAAGUCUAUGAAGGAGCUGCAGGCGUCUGUCAACCCUUUCCUCCACUCUUCCCCUGGCGGUUGUCUCUCUGUUUCAUUUCUUGCCGACUACUCCAACACUGAGAGACACACUGGAUUUCAAGGCUUUUACACCAUACAGGAUGUUAAUGAGUGUAUAGACCCUGAAAAUGAGUGUACCCAACUCUGCAAUAACUACAUCGGAGGUUAUCGCUGUUUCUGCAGACCAGGUUACAUCCUUGACUCCGAUAAGCACACCUGCCAAGUUAGCUGCAGUGAAGAUCGCACAGGCUCGCAAGAAGGUGUGUUGACGUCACCCGAGUGGCCUGGGCCGUACCCAGAAAACGCAGUGUGUUCUUACUCUCUGGCCGUAGAAGAAGGUCUGCAGUUUGAGCUGACGUUCAUGGGGGUGUUUGAUCUGGAGAAGAAAGAGAAUGGAGAGUGCAUCGACUCAAUAACUAUAAAACCUCUCUCUGGUGAUGCUGAGACAUUUUGUGGAAGGGAUCUUCCUUCGUCCCUGUUUACAAGGUCUCAACGUGUUGAGAUUAUCUUCAAGUCAGACCAUAAAGGAGCAAACCGAGGGUUCAGCCUCUAUUAUAAAACAAGAGGGAUGAAAUGCACUGGACCUGUGACACCACAAUCUAGUGUGUUCCCGCAGAAUUCUGAAUAUCCCACGGGCUACAAAGUUACAGUGAAAUGUGACAAAGGACAUGUAUUGAAAUCAAACGAAUCAGCUGAGGUUGAGUAUAAGGCCACAUGCCAGAAGAAUGGACAGUGGAUUCCUGUUAUUCCCUGCGAACCUGUGGAUUGUGGCAUUCCAGAGCUUCCUGAAUUAAUGGAGCUAUCAGAUAAAGAUCCUCCAACAACAUAUCUGAACCGGAUCAGUCUUAAGUGUGCAAAUGAAUAUUAUCAACUGGAUAAAAAUGGUUAUUUUACCUGUAAUGUUGAGGGUAACUGGGUGUCUGAGAGUGGUCAAAAAUUAACUGAAGAUUUGCCUAAAUGUGAACCAGUGUGUGGAAAGAAUAUAGAUGCAUCUUUUGGUGGCAGAGUCUUUGGUGGGAAGCCAGCCAGUCUGGGACAAAUUCCCUGGCAGCUACUCCACAGGUCAAAUCCCAGAGGUGGUGCAUCUCUGAUCAGCGAUUAUUGGGCUCUUACAGCAGCUCACGUAGUGGAUAAAAUUGGAACAACCACCAUGAACUGGUUAGGUGGAAUAGUUCAUGGUCAGGACACAAAAUCAGUCAAUAUAGAGACAACAAAAAUUAUCAUUCAUCCAAAAUAUAAAAGAGUAAGUCAGGGUGAAAAACAAACAAACUAUGAUCAUGACAUUGCACUCAUUAAAAUGUCUAAAAGGGUGCCACUAGGUCCAAACAUCAGGCCAGUGUGUCUGCCAAACAAAACAGAUGAAGUUGCAGCAGAAUUCACAAUCUCAGGUUUUGGCAGAUAUGAAAAAGGACUGAGUAGAGAGCUGCUUCAUGCACCUGUCCAGAUAUAUCCAGUUAAUGAAUGUAAUUCACUGGGUUUGCCUGUCACCGAAAACAUGAUCUGUGCUGGAGGAGAACAAGUAGACAGUUGUCAGGGUGACAGUGGAGGUCCUUUGUUUUCUCCUGUUCUGGGCUAUGGGUCUCCGGACAAGCCCUAUCGUCUUACAGGCAUCGUAUCGUGGGGUCCUCCUGGAUGUGGAAGCUUUAAGGGCUUCUAUACUAAAGUUCAAAACUACCUGGAUUGGAUCAAGGAAACCAUGGAAAAUUUUGUUAUGGACAGAACACAUCUAAUAAUCUGCCUGCUGUGGGCAUGUGUGAAUGUGUGCGAGUGUGAGCCAGUCAUGUUUGGGGAGGUGUCUUCUCCACAGUACCCUCAACCCUAUCCAGCUAAUCUCCAGAAAGAAUGGGACCUGGAGGUGCCACAAGGCUAUCAGCUCCAGCUGACGUUCAAUCACCUGGACAUUGAGUCCUCUCCAGACUGCUACUACGAUUCUGUCACUGUUGUGUCUGAUAAGCAGGUUCUGGGGAAGUUUUGUGGCCGGAAUUCCACAGACAGGUUUCACCCAGGUGACAAGCCCAUUUUGGCUCCUGGUAACCGUCUGCAGCUGGCUUUUCAAACGGACGACUCAAAUCACGAGUCACACUUGGGAUUCACUGCAUUCUUCCAGGCUGUUGACAUAGAUGAGUGUUCAUCUUCCAGUGUGGAAAAUGGUCGGCCAUGUUCACAGAUAUGCCUCAACACCCUCGGCUCCUACCUGUGUGCCUGUUACCACGGUUACACAUUACGGCCUGACCAACGCACCUGCGUCUUGGAGUGUGGAGGUGGGGUGCGCAGUGAAUUAGAGGGGACCAUCUCGAGUCCUGGUUUCCCAGACAUGUCCCCGCUUAAUCUGGACUGCAUCUACACCAUCUCUGUGCAGCCGGGCUUUCUGGUUACUCUCAACUUCAGCCAGAACUUCCACAUAGAGCAGGUCUACAGUCAAGGAGAGUCCUGCCUCUUCCAUUGGCUGCAAGUGUCUGUCCAAGGAAAAGAACCCCAAAAGUACUGUGGAGGAAAAAGCCCCGGAGUCCUGAAGACGGGCACUCACUUUGUCCAGCUGGAAUAUCACACCGACAGAUAUGGACAGAGCCAGGGGUGGAGCUUACAUUACACAACACAGAGGGUACAGUGUCCACAUCCAGGCACCAUCGACAAUGGAACAGUCACUCCAAAAUUUGCCCAGUACUUGUACAGAGACUACAUUCAUGUGCGCUGUAAACCAGGAUACAAGCUUAUGAUGGGAGAGAAAGAGAUUCCAAGUUUUAAGUCCAUAUGUGAUAGUAAUGGACAAUGGCACUUGCCACUGCCGGAGUGCAAGAUAAUUGACUGUGGAGCCCCAAAACUACUUCUGAAUGGAGACUUUGAGCUUAUCAGUGGAGAAAACAAUGAAUAUCUUUCGGUCGUAGAGUAUCACUGCAAUGAGCCAUACUACAGAUUUAAAGAUGCUUCUAAAGUAACAUACAAGUGUGCAGUAGACCGAAAAUGGACAGAAGUCAACAACAAUGAUGUUAUUCCUCUUUGUUAUCCUGUGUGUGGAAUGAAUACAGAGGUCUCUUUUGGUGGCAGAGUCUUUGGUGGGAAGCCAGCCAGAACAGGACAGAUUCCCUGGCAGCUCUUUCAUAAGCAACUUCGCAGAGGUGGUGCAUCUCUGAUUAGUGAUUACUGGGCUCUUACAGCUGCUCAUGUGGUAGAUGGACUUGAAAACCACAACAUGACUUGGCUUGGAGGAAUAAUCGAUAGUCAGGACAAAAACCCAGUCACUAUGGAGUCUGAGAAGAUUAUAAUUCACCCAAAUUAUCAGAGGGUUCCUGUGGGCGGUGAUCAAAAAAACUUUAAUAAUGACAUCGCACUGAUCAAAAUGUCUGCUAGAGUGCCACUCGGUCCAAACAUCAGGCCAGUGUGUCUGCCAAACACAACACAUGGACCUGUAAUGGAGGGCAAGAUGGGUACAGUAUCGGGCUUUGGGGGGUUUGAGAAGGGCUCAACAAGUGAUAUUUUACGUUAUGGGUAUAUUCGGGAAUAUCCUUCUCAACAGUGUGUUUUCGAGGAUUAUUUGGUCACUGAUAACAUGUUCUGUGCUGGAGAUGAGGUUAAACGCGUUGACAGUUGUCAAGGUGACAGUGGGGGCCCUCUGUUCUUCCCAAUGUUGGGCUAUGGAUCUAAAGAGCAGCCCUAUGAGGUGAGGGGCAUUGUGUCAUGGGGUCCUGCAAGAUGUGGCCAUGUUUCUAAAGGUUACUACACUAAAGUGCAGAACUACCUGGGCUGGAUUAAGGAAACAAUGGCAAAUAAUUAACAUCUGGUGUGCGACAUGAGAGAUUAUUAAUUAAUUUCAAGUGGUAUCUAAGAUCAGUUUCAAUUAUGUGCGUAAUGGAUGAAAAGAUUUAGAUGAAAAUAAGCCUAUUUUGCCUGUCUUGUCCAAUUUGUAUAAAUGUUUCAAAAUUAAGCAAAGAGGAUUAUCUCAUAACUUUAUCCCCUCUGCAGGGUUAAAAAAAUAAAUGACCUGAGCUCUCAAAUGGUUAUGUUACUGGCUAUGCAAUGAUCAAUCAUCAUCAAAGCAAGUAAUUCUUAUUUACUAAACAUGUCAGAUAUACACUUUCUUAUCCAUAUUAUGUGUAAGAGUAAAGAAUACUGCAGCCUAAUUAAUGACUGUAAAGUAUACAAUGUGCAAACGUUGUUCCCUGUGAGACAUUAAUAAAUAAAUGAACCUAUUAC